GUUUAACUUUGGCAAAUACACUUUGGACUAUAAAUGUAAAAAUUUGAUACAGUUUCACUUCACAGGAGAAAGACAUAAGAAUGAAAGGGAUACUCAUAAUAACGAUCACACUUGCCUUAACAAAUGUGCUGGCAUAUCAUGACCCGGAUCUCAACUAUCAUCUUAGCCAGUUGCAGAAGAUUCAACCAUGUGACGAGAGAGGUUACUCUUACCCAGCUCCGUCUAUCCAAUUGACAACUGGUGGAGUGAAGCCAGCCAGUGUGGUCGCCCAGCCGGUGUUAUCUGCUCCCUCGUACCAGUACUCUCAGGCUUCAGGAUACAGCUCGGCUGUUGCACCACAGCUCUCGUACGCUACUCAACCGGCCCUCAACUACCAAGCCGUGGUCUCCCAUGCCGGCUACGCUUCAGCCCCAGCAUACUCCACGCAAAUCAACCAAAUUCAAACUCAACAGAAAGAAGUGCACGGAUACGCCACCUCUGCUGGGCUUUCUUCGGCAGCAACUAGAACUGUCAUACCUCAAGCAACCUACGCCCAAGCUCCGAUCUUAGCCAAAAUAACUGGAGCUCCACUCAUCGCUAAGUUUGACAUAUCGCCCGCGAAGACCACUUAUGUGACUCAGAAUCUGGCAGCUCAGAAGGCGUCUGUGAAUUCAUACAGUAGUGUUCAACAUGGCGGACCUGUCGUCACCCAGCUGUAUGCAGCACCAUCGGCUCAGUACGCAGCGUCACCUAAUUUGAAAGUGCAGCAAAUCCAUCAACAAGGUCAAGCUCAGUAUGCUACUUCUGUUUCUCAUGUGUCUGCUGGGAAUGCUGUGCAGUACUCUGGUGCAUCAGUGCAAUACUCUGCUCCUGCGGUGACACAGUACGCUGCUCCCCAAGUAACCCAAUACGCCACUCCAGCAGUACAGUACGGUGCUCCGGUUGUGACAAACCACCACACGCAGUACUCCACUCCUGUGGUUGUGCAACAGUACGCCGCACCUGCCGCGAAUCAUUACCAGCAGUACCAGCCGGCUGUAGCGACGACGGUUGUCAAGUCCGCUCCGGUGUCACAUUACUCAGCGCCCGCGAUCUCUCGGUACGCCAGCGUGUCUUCGGGAGUGCAAUAUGCUGCCCCUUCAGUAUCUCACAUUGCCGCCCCCGCCGUGGCCCACCUUGCCGCCCCCUCCGUAGCUCACGUUGCCGCCCCUGCUGUGCAGGUUGCCCCUUCAUACCGUCUUGCAGCUGGACACGCUAAAAACGCACACACCGAGUUUCUGGAAAAUUAUGACUCACACCCGCGAUACGCGUACGAGUACUCCGUGAACGACCCUCACACUGGAGACAUCAAACAACAGAAGGAGGAACGCGACGGAGAGGUAGUUAAAGGUCAGUACUCGCUGGUGGAGCCGGACGGUUCAGUACGGACGGUGAAGUACGUAGCCGAUUGGGAGACCGGUUUCCACGCUGACGUGCGCAACAGUAAGGACAAUCAGCAUUAGACUGAUCCAGUUGCGAUACCCGCCUUAUAUGGAGCUGACAAGCAACGGAUAAUUGAAGGAAAGCCGCUUGCGUGAGUAUUCCAACGCGUAUACUUACAAUUUUCAAACUGUACCAUAACUGUACCAAGUGGGUGUACCUAAGUGUAUUUGUGGUACCUACGAAAUAAGGCACAUUUGUCGCCUUAUAGUGAAAACAACGAAAGCGCCUUUUUGAAAAAUCACAUUCGGUGUGAUUUUCUUCAUGAAAACAACUAAUAAUUCUUUCAAUUAAUUUAAAUCUGGUUAAAAUGUAAACCACAUAUUUUUACCUGGAUUGCUUUUUGCUUGUCUAUAUCGAAGUUUUGUUAACAAAAAUCAUAUGCGAAUGUGAUUUUAUAAAAAGGCGCUUACGCGGUUUUCUCUAUACGACGACAAUAUGUGAAAUGACCCUAACAGAUGUAAACAUUCUUCCUAUACACGACCGGUGCUUGUAUAAUUGCAUCACUGUUACACUUUUAUUUGUACUACUCUUUAUGAGCAUAAUGUGCAAUAAUGAAAAACUACAUAGGUAC